CAAAAAAAAAAAAAAAAUGCUGGGGAAAAAAUGCUCUUCCCACAGAAUGUAAAUAACAAGGGGCUGAAGAGAUGGCUCAGGGGUUAAGAAUACACACUGUUCGUGCAGAGGAUCUGAGUUCAGUCCUACAUGGUGGCUCAUGGCUACAUGUAACUCCAGUUCUAGGAAAAUCCUUAGCUCUUUCCUGGCUUCCACAGGUACCGGGCAUGCAGGCUCUCACAUACACACAUACACAAAAAAUAAAAAGAAAGAAGUCUUUUUUGUUUGUUUUUCCUUUUUUUUUUUUUUUUUUUGAAACAGAUUACUCCUAUGUAGCCCUGGCUGUCCUGGAACUUGCUAUGUAGACCAGGCUGGCCUUGAACUCACGGAGAUCCACCUGCCUCAGCCUCCCAAGUGCUGGGAUUAAAGGUAUGUGAUACCAUACCUAAUCAAAUCUUUUAAAAUGUAUUAAUUACUUUUAAAAGUUAUUUAGGUGAUUCUAAAACUCUAGAUUUUUUUUUUUUUCUGAACCCAUCUCCUUGGCCAUUCCAAGGCCAGGCUCAAGAGUUCUUCUUCUCCUAAGUUUUGCUUGUACUAUAUAUGCAGACACACCCUUUUCCUCCCACAGCCCCAGCCCCUAACCUUCCAGGGUCAGACAAUAAGCAACACAGCACUUGGUAAGGUCACAGAGCAGCCACCAAAUUUCUGCAAGGAUUUUGUUUUCAUGUUCUACAUAUAAAGUUGAGUCUGCGUUCCAUAACUAUGGGCUUGUCAUAUCGAAUCAGAUGAAAUUUGAUUUGUUUUUAUAUGCGUGUGUUCUCUCGGAUGUGUGCACGUGUGCCUACAUGCAAGGGUGCAUACAUGUUUGCUUGUGCAUGUGGAGGCCACACGUCAGCAUCACGUGUCUCCUAAAAUUGCUCUCCGCCUUAUUUUUCGAGACAGGGUCUCUUACUGAACCUUGAGGUCACCAGUUCACUGAGGCUGACUGACUAGUGAGCUCCAGGGAUCUACCUGCCUUUGCACCCCCAGCUCUGGGGUUACAGACACGUGCCUGCAUGCCUGGUUUUUACAGGGAUGCCAGGAUCCAAGCUCACAUCCUCACGUUUGUGCAGCAGGUAGCUUACUCACUGAAAGGACCCAUCUCCCCAGGCUCCAGAGGAAAUUUGUAAAGGUCACAUUUCAAGACUGAGGACAGCUGGCUAUGAUGACACACGCCUUUAAUCCCAGCACUCUGGAGGCAGAAGUAAGUGGAUCUCUGAGUUCAAGGUCAGUCUGGUCUACAUGAUGAGCUCCAGGCUAGCAGUGAGGCCCUAUCUCAAACUAGAGGGCAGGUAUUGGGGAGGUAGAUCAGUGGCUAAAAGUGCAAGCGAGAUACUCAAGUCUUACAAGCUGAGUUCAGUUUCUAAAACUCUUGUAAAAAAGCUUAUGGGAUUACCCUCCUCUGUAAUUCCGCCAUGGUGAAAUGGGAGACAAGAGACAACCAGCUAGAAGCUCCUGGGUGGAGCAAUGGAUGUUUAUAACCCCAGGGCUGGGGAUGCAGAAGCUGGUAGAUUCCUGGAGCACAUUGGUUAGUCAGCCUAGCAGAAUUCGUGACCUCCAGGUUCACCAAGAGAUUCAGUCUCAGAAAUUAAAGUGGUGGUGCAGGCCUUUAGUCCCAGCACUCAGGAGACAGAGGCAGGCAGAUCUCUGUGAGUUUGAGGCCAGCCUGGUUUACAGAGUGAGUCCAGGCCAGUCAGGACUACAUAGUGAGACUUUGUCUUUGAAAAAAGGAGGGCAGGAGGGACGGCUGGUGGUGAGGAGCACUCUCUGCUCUUCCAGGGAUCUCAAGUUCACUUUCCAGCAUCCAAGUUGAGCAGCUCAGGGCCUCCUGUGAUUCUAGUGCCAGGGGCUCUGACGCUUUCUUCCGGCUUCUGAGGGCACUUGCCCACGCCCGGCAUACACUCACACAGACACACACAUACACAUAAACAAAACUAAAAUAAAUCUUAUUGGGCCUGGAGAGAUGGCUCAGAGAGUUAAGAGCACUGACUGCUCUUCCAGAGGUCCUGAGUUCAAUUCCCAGCACCCACAUGAUGUCUUACAACCAUCUGUAAGGAGAUCUGGCGCCCUCUUCUGUAUACAUAAUAAAUAAAUCUUUAAAUCAACUGUGCUUCUGUAAGUAACCUCAGUGAUUACUGGUUCACCAAGCUAGAUCUGGGUGGCAUCGGUCCUUCGGUCUGUCAUCAGCUCUGCCUGGGGUGAAGUAGUGUCUGUUCCCAUCUCCUCAGGAAGUCACAUGACAGAGAGAUUCUGGGACUGGGGAGGAGUCAGUCCUGUGAUUUUUAUAAUGACCUGCUAAAUGUUUUUUUUAGUCCUAUGAUUUUUAUAAUGACCUGCUAAAUGGGGGGGGGGGGCGUCUCAUGAGGACUACAUCAAUCCCUUUGAAAGUCAGUCAGUGUCCCUGGUAACCCCUCUCUUGAGACCUCCAGCACACCAACAGAGCCACAGCAAGUGGCCCUCUGGGGGACAAAGCCCAGCAGCUUCCGAGCCAGGGCUGGGGGCGUCUUAGACUCCAGCGUAAAGUGAUGGGGAGGAGGGCUGCUAUUGAAAGUGACCCCCAAGCAGCCACAGCCUCCAUCCCUCUGCCUCUGUGACAUCACAAUGAGACUUUUGCUCUCCUCUCUUGGGCUGUGGCUUCUGUUGCUAUGGGCAAUCAAAUUGUGGGAGUCAUCAGGAGUCCUGUGAGUAUGAGAGUCAUGCCCUCUCCCUUCGCGCGUGCGUGCGUGCGUGCGUGCGUGCGUGCGUGCGAUCCCAAAAUCGGCUGUCUUCCUUAAGUAAUCUCACCUUACUUUCUGAGACAAGGUCUCUCGCUGAACUCUGGAGCUUGCUGUCUGGCUGAACUGCCUGGCCAGUAAGCCCCAGGAUCCUCUUGUGGCUGCUCACGGUGUACACUCAGACACCCUGCUUGUACCUGGGACCCGAGCGAGGAUCGAGCUGAGGUCCUCAUGCUUGCACAGCGCGCACUUGGCCAGUCGAACCGUCUCUUUCUAGGCGCUAGCCAUGCCUUUCCCCAAAGAGGACAUGACGCGUGUGAAGGAGUCACAGCAGAUGCCUGUGGUCCCGCGGCCAUGGUUCCUCCCGAGUCUCUUCGCAGCCUUCAAUGUGAUGCUGCUGGUCUUUCUGAGUGGCCUUUUCUUCUGGUUCCCUUGUAGGUGGCUGGCUCAGAACGGAGAGUGGGUCUUUCCCAUGGUCACAGGCCCGCUCUUCAUCCUCACCUUCUUCAGUCUUGUUUCGCUCAACUUCUCAGACCCUGGUGUCUUACAUCGAGGUGAGGACUCAGCGUCCGUCGAUGAGGACCCCAUGAUGGUGUACGUGGUGGCGGUGAAUCAAAGGGCCUUCCGCCUGCAGUGGUGCCCCAAGUGCUGCUUUCAUCGCCCACCCCGGACCUACCACUGCCCCUGGUGCAACAUAUGUGUGGAGGACUUUGAUCACCAUUGCAAAUGGGUCAAUAACUGCAUCGGUCACCGCAACUUCCGCCUCUUUAUGGUGCUGGUCCUGUCCCUCUGCCUCUACUCGGGCGCCCUGCUCAUCACCUGCCUGAUAUUCCUGAUUCGUACAAGCCAUCUGCUCUUCUCGGUGGACAAGAUUAUGGCCGUCCUGGUGGCUGCACCCGCGGCGGGCUUCCUGAUUCCGCUCGUCCUGCUGCUGAUGAUCCAGGCCAUAUCUGUGAGCACGGCGGAGCGCUCCUGCGAGAGCAAGUGCAGGAACCAUCAAGAAUACAACCCUUUCGACCAGGGCUUUGCCAGGAACUGGUAUCUAACAAUGUGUGCGCCACUGAGUCCCAAGUACAUGUCUGAGGUCGUCUGUCUGCAAAGACCGGUGGGGACGGAAUGGAUCUAUGAGAAGACACAGCCCUCACCACUGUGUCCUCCUGAACACUGUUCCCCAGGCCCCCCUGGCCCCUCUGAUCAACCUGAUCCCCCUGGACCCCAGCCCCAACCUCCUCCGAACACAACAGGGAAGGGGCCUCAAGGAAGUGGUGAAGACAUUGUUCUCAAGGAGGUGAGAAGGCAGAGGACUCCUGUGGGAAAGUCCCCAGGAGGUGGGGCUGGCCCUGAAGCUGGGGUACUCAGAGCUUGGUGGAGACAUGUUAAACCUGGAGGGACCUUGAAUGAGGGUGGACAGGCCUCCAGAACACUCUCAGGUGCCCCCCAGAAACAGAGAAAAGACCGCAUCCCAACUUACUCUGGACCUGGGCCAGUCACUCUUAAUGAGGACAGAGAUUAGCCUACAGUUGAUACUGUUUUGAAGAAUAUUCCUUUAGGUGGAUAAAAUUUUCCACACGGCCCAUUUUCAUUGAAAUACAUGGAAGUGGGACGUAAGGAUUACGAUGGGGGUGGUCACCACAGAUUCCCUCUCAACCCGUUGCCUUUGAGGAGCUAGUCUCCCCUUGGCUCCGUCCAUGGGGAGUUGGGGGGUGGGGGGUGGAGCACCGGGGUUGGCUGGGAGCUGGAGCUGGGGAGGCUGGAGGAAGCCUGCAUGU